AUUCCCCCAACAAUGCUAGACAAAGAACUCUCUAGCCAACAAAACGAACUUCAAACUUUUCAGGUUUUCGAUUGCAAACUCGAAAAUGGUGGUGAUCGAGCCGGUGACGUCAGCCGAUAACCAUCCAAAACCGUCAAAUUCAACCAACGUCGGAGUAGAUUCAACCGUCGGAGACAGACUAAACACCGACGGAGCAUAUUCCGGAAGCGGCGAUAAACCAACGGCCGCCGGAUACGCUUCCGACGGUUACGAAACGGCGAGCGAGACGGAAGUCGGGGACGGUGAGGCGGUUAACGAUAACACUGAUAAACCGAACGACGUCGUUGAAGAUGAACAUCGGUUAAAGGAUCAGACGUAUGAAGAUGCGCUUAAUGAUGAUGAACUUAAGCAGAAAAUUUUGGUGCAAAUGAAUGAUGCAAAAGUUGAAGGAAAUAAGUUAUUUGGAGAUGGCCUGUAUGAAGAGGCAUUAUUGAAGUAUGAUUAUGCCAUCCAACUUGCACCUGAGAUGCCGUCUUCUUCUGAGAUUAGAUCAAUUUGUCAUAAUAAUCGCGCUACGUGUUUCUUCAAGCUGGGCAAGUAUGAGGAUACUGUCAAAGAAUGUAGCAAGGCAUUGGAACUAAAUCCUACGUACAUGAAAGCUUUAGUUAGAAGAGGAGAAGCCCAUGAAAAGCUUGAAAACUAUGAUGAGGCUAUUGCUGAUAUGAAGAAAAUCUUAGAACUGGAUCCUUCAAAUCACCAAUCUAGGAGAACCAUCUUCCGUUUAGAACCAUUGGCCAUAGAAAAGCGUGAAAAGAUGAAGGAAGAGAUGCUCGGGAAGUUGAAGGAUAUGGGGAACUCGAUUCUAGGACGAUUUGGAAUGAGCGUGGACAACUUUAAAGCAGUAAAAGAUCCGAACACUGGCUCGUAUUCAAUUUCAUUUCAGCGCUAGAUGUAUGGCUUUUGCGUGUUUAUAAAUAAUUAAAUAGCACAAACACGUUUGGUAUUAAGAGUGUGGAAAUAAUUCAUCUAACUGCAUUCAUACUCUGGAUAUAAUCAUGUUGGUUUUUUGUUACUAAAAUACCAUUUUUUAAAACAAAUUGUUAUUCAUAA